UACAGCACCAUGUGGAGCUGAGCUGCACAUUUUUUACGCUUGAAACUCCCUCUUUCCCCAGAUAUCUCCAGCUCUGGUUCAGUUCAGAGCGCGCCCCAGGAGCGCGCAGAGCGGCGCACAUUCGGAGACAAGAGGAAGAAAAAAACAAACAGAGUUCAGUGCAGCGCAGGCAGGUCUUGCCUCUUUUAAAAGCAGCAGGGACGGCUGGCUGCUGGAGAGUUAGGGGCUGUCGGUGCAGGAGCGAACACGGACUCCGUUGGGGGAAAAAUAUUAAAAUAAAAGAGAGAGAGAUAAAUAAGAACUUGGAUAUGGCCGCAAUGAAGACGUCCCGGCUUCUCGUUGGAGUUCUUUUAUUGUUGCUCUGUGUGUGGAAUACCCAAGCGGAGAUCGGUGACGGGGUCUCUUAUUCAUAUGUGCUGGAGCAAGAUGGAAAUGAGGAUGCAGCAGUGGAUGUGAGGCUUUACAGUCACCGGUGGAGGAGGUGGCUUCCCCCAAAACCUAGUAACAUAGACAGCAACAGGGCCAGCCAGGAGCAGGAACUGGAGCCAGAAGCAGAGGAACCCGAAGGAUUUCCCGGACUGUUGUCUGCAGAGGACACAGACAACAGCUCCCAGAUUGAGGAGGACAUGGAUCACAACUAUUACACAUCAAAAAUGUACGGCCCCUCAGAUCCUAUGAGCAAAGACUUGUGGGUAAAUAUUGACCAGAUGGAGAAGGACAAAGUGAAGAUCCACGGGAUUCUGUCCAACACACAUAGACAGGCGGCGAGAGUUAAUCUGUCCUUCGAUUUCCCGUUUUAUGGACAUCUCCUGCGUGAAAUCACUGUGGCAACUGGUGGUUUUAUUUAUACUGGAGAUGUCGUCCAUCGAAUGCUCACAGCAACACAGUACAUCGCUCCUCUGAUGGCCAACUUUGACCCUAGUGUCUCAAGAAACUCUACUGUUAUCUAUUUUGAUAAUGGCACUGCUCUGGUGGUGCAGUGGGACCACGUCCACCUGCAGGACAACUACAAUUUAGGUAGCUUCACCUUCCAGGCCACUCUGCACAAAACAGGAAGGAUCGUCUUUGCCUACAAAGAGCUCCCCAUCGAGAUAUCACAAAUCAGUUCUGUCAAUCACCCAGUGAAGGUGGGCCUGUCUGACGCCUUUGUGGUGGUCCACAAGAUCCAGCAAAUACCCAACGUGAGACGGAGGACCAUUUAUGAGUACCACCGUGUGGAGCUUACAAAGACGAGGAUCACCAAUUCUUCAGCUGUGGAAAUUAUGCCUUUACCCACCUGUCUUCAGUUCACCAGCUGUAGUGCCUGCAUCUCCUCUCAGAGUAACUUCAACUGUAGCUGGUGUCAUCGGCUCAACAGAUGCUCCAGCGGCUUUGACCGCCAUCGCCAGGACUGGGUGGAUAACACCUGCCCAGAUGAGACCAAAGACAAGAUGUGUGAUAUAGACGACACUACGCAACUGGACACCUUGGCCACCACUAUCACUGCCAAAACAGCAUCGAAAAGUAAAGGAACCACAGCAGGCUGGGACACACCUUCCACCUCUCACGCUCCCACCAGUGCUCCCACUGAAGAUGAUACUAAGAUUGCGCUGCCUCUCAGAGACAACCAAGUUUUGCCAGCCGAUAGCACCGUCAAUAGAGUGCCGGGCACACAUCCUCUGCACACCGGUCUAAUCCUGGGCAUCCUGCUGGUGAUGGUCAUCAUGAUUGCUGGUGUGCUGAUUACUGUCUACGUGUACCAUCACCCGACUUCUGCGGCUAGCCUCUUCCUCAUUGAGAGACGCCCGAGAAGGUGGCCGGCCAUGAAGUUUCGCCGGGGUUCAGGUCAUCCUGCAUAUGCAGAGGUGGAGCCAGUGGGCCAUGAGAAGGAGGGCUUCAUCGAAUCUGAGCAGUGCUGAGGGAGGAGGUGAGGCAAUCAUCUCCACCUGAUCCCUUCCCCUCGAUCCAUCCUGCGUGUAUCCUCCUGCUUCUCGAGGAACUGCUCACCUGGAACCUCCAGGAUCGACUGAUCGGUUAAGGUGCUUUGGUAAAACUCUGAAUAUGGCCCUUUAGAGCUAGAUUAAACCCACCGAAUAGCUCCUGUCGGUGAGGAACAGACUCGCCGGGGGCAGGGGGGAGGGGACAGCACUCAGACAUAGUCAUUCAGCUGGCAUUGAUAAGGAUUUCUGGCUGCUAUCAUGCUGCCAUUGAGAGAUUGGACUGACUGAUUAUUUUUGUCCAAGAAGGAAGCAGGGUGACCUAUACAAUAUAUAUUUUCAGAACCAAUACAGAGUACGUGAACAGAGAUUUCUUGGUGUUAUAAGCCUUUGUAUAUCCAUCUGGUUUAUACUAGUUUUCCUUUUUAUUCCAGUCUGAGUUUUUUUAUUAUUAUUUUUUGCUGUUUUUAGUACGAUGGGGUUGGCACAUUUCUCUGGACACACUGUCGGUAUUGCUUUUCAAUACCACAGCAGAUGUAAUUGACUUUUCCACAGCCUGCUCUGCUGUGCAACACGACGUGAGCUGAACUGUCACUGAGAUCAAUCAAAGCUCUGAACACUCAGCUUCUUUUUUCGGAUUAGUUUGUGAUGAUUGGCUGGGGAAACAUUGUGUUUGUUUGUUUUCAUGGGUGAUGGGAACACUUUUUUGUGUGUUUUUGUUUUCAUUACUGCCUUACUCUUUUGUCCCUGACUACAAUUUGCACAGUUUUUUUUUUUUUCUUUAAUUUUCACAGUUUUAGUUUUUGCAAAUUUACAAGACAGGCGCUUGUGAGUGUGAAUAUAUUUUCUGAAGUGUAAGUGAUUCGUGUGUGUGAAUACAGAGGAGUAGUUAACAGUACUGAUGAAUUUGAGCUGGCUCUGUGCAGGUGAUUCCUAUAUUUAGAGGUGCAGUCAGAUCUUUACAUACAUUCAUCAUGAUAAUGAUAAAGAUUUUACCUUUUAAUCUUUUUCCAGGUUGUACAUACAACUCCAUUUAUUUUUAUAAAUAUUAAUUGGGCAUACAAGUUCAAAUCUAUUAGAUAUUUUAUACUUUACUUUUAUACUUUAUUGGACAGUAAUAUUUGGCUAAAUGAGGUACAGGCCUCACUUUAAGCAUAGACCUCAAAUGAAGCUUAAUAUUAUCCUGCUUUAUUCAUUUGAAAACCAGUUUUAUUUGUGCUUCGGAUCAUUGUCCUAUUGGAACAAUCAGUUGUGUCCAUGUUCCAACCAUCUGGUUGUUGUUUUGUGGUGAAGUUGAAGAACGCAGAAGUAGUUCUUCUUCAUUAUUCUAUCCACCUCAUGAAAUGCACCAGUACUACCAGCAGCACAACAACCCGACAGCAUGAUUUUUGACAGCAAAUAAAAAUUGCUUUGGUUUCAAAGACUCA